AUGGACGGGCUUGUUCGCGACAACGCCAGCUUUACCGCUUCUCCAGCCGUACCUACCGCCGCACCUCUCGCCGCGAUCGCCGGUCUCUCCCAGCCCGUGGAAAGCGCGCUCUACCUCUGGGGAUACAAUCUCCGCGGGCAGACCAGCCACCGCGCGGGGCUUCGCGGGGAUCCGCGCAGGUGGCGCUGCCAGCGCGCGCCGCUGCGGAUCGCGCGGGAGAAGUUCCGCGCGCGGGACGGGCAGCCCGUAGCGCUUGUUAGCGUGGCGUGCGGAUUGGAACAUAGCGCGGCGGUGGGGAUCGAUGGGAGCCUGUUCACGUGGGGGUCGAACGAGUACGGGCAGCUGGGCGACGGCACAGAGCAGAGCAGCAAGUGCGUUGACUCCGUUGACUCCAUUGACUUGACUUUAUCCCUGGGGAUUGAUGGGAGCCUGUCUACGUGUGGGUCGAAUGAGUACGGGCAGCUGGGCGACGGAGCAGCUAUGUUGACUGCAUUGACUCCGUUGACCUGUGAAGCGGUGACUGCUGUGGCUGGUAACGCGCAGUGCCCUGCUGGCAUCAACCCCUCCUCUGUUUCCCUCGUUUUCACUCCUCUCCGUCCUCUUCUUUUCCCUCGUCCCACGAUUUUCCUACAGGGAGCCAAUAAGGUACCAGCGUUAGAUGAGGCAGGGGAGGAGGUGACUGCUGUGGCGUGUGGCGCGCAGGAGCCUAUAAGAGUGGCAGCUUUAGAGGAGGCAGGGGAGGAGGUGACUGCUGUGGCGUGUGGCGCCCAGUGCACUGCAGCUAUCACCAGGCGGAGAGCAGACGGGCGGGGGAGGGGGAAGAGGAGAGGGGGCAACGCGGAGCAUGGGGGUAGCGGGGAAGAGGAGGGGCGCCUGUGGGUAUGGGGCCAGAACCAGGUGUCUUGUGGCGACUCACACGCUGCUGCUGUGUCCAACUCUGGCCUGCUGCAGACAUGGGGUGCGUGGGAGAGGUAUCUGACUCAUUCCCAGGUGAUUAUUCAGGGACAGGGGGCUGCUGCAGCGCCCACUCCUCAUCUCCUCCUUCCAGCGGUUGCUGCCUGGGCGAUGUGCUGCCUGGGCGAUGUGCUGCCACCAUGGCUGUCUCACACCCGUCUUCUGUGCCCCGCUCUCUCCACCUCACCGUCACGCCUCCCUCCUCCAGGCUACAACGAGCAUGGGCAGCUGGGCAUCGGCAGGGCGUGUGACGGGCUACAGAAGCCGCACCUGGUGACCUCCUUCCAGCGCUUUCUAGACGACCCGCCUCUCACGUGCCCUCAUGGCGUUCGCAUCGUGGCGGUGGCGUGUGGGGGGUUUCACACCGCUGCUGUCGACGCCCGGGGCGAGAUGUACACGUGGGGAGGGGGGUUGAUGGGCCAGCUGGGGCACCGAACGCUGCAGGCUCGGGGCGGCACGUGCGAGGUGGUGCCGAGGCGGGUUGUGGCACUUGAAGGAGUUUCAGUAACGCAGGCUCGGGGCGGCACGUUUGAGGUGGUGCCGAGGCGGGUGGUGGUUCUGGAAGGGGUUUCAGUGGCGCAGGUGUCUUGUGGCCGCACCCACACAUGCGCCCUCACCCACAGGGGCGCUCUCUACAUCUGGGGCGCUGGCAGGGACGGGCAGCUAGGCACAGGCCCCACUUGUGGUUACAUGAUAGGAAAUGCUUUUGGAUUCCAUCGACUCUCCCUGCUCCCUGCUCCCUUCCCUUCCCUUCCUUCUUUCCAAUCUGCCAUCCCACCCUCAUCCGUCCUCCCAGGGGCGCUCUCUACAUCUGGGGAGCUGGCAGGGACGGGCAUUCCUCCCGUUCCCGUGCCCUCCCGUCUGUGCACCCCCACCCCCCUUCCCCACUACAGGGGCGCUCUCUACAUCUGGGGAGCUGGCAGGGACGGGCAGCUAGGCACAGGCCCCACCUCCGCCUCCUCUGCCCCCACCUCUUCCUCCUCCUCGCUGCCCUCGUCCUCCUCAUCCUGCCCCUCCUUCCAUCACCUACACACCGGCUUCACCAGCAAUACCACAGCCAGCAGCAACAGCAGAUUUGGAGGGCCGUUUGGAGGGGGGUUUGGAGCAGGGGCGAGUGGGGGAGGGUGCUCGUCUCUGGAUUUUGUGAGAGGGCUGGUGCAGCGACAGCCGCUGCUGCUCAUGCCCAAGGGCGUGCGGCUGGUGACGUGUGGGCAGGACCACACGCUAGUUGCAAUGGCAGACGAUCAGAUACUAGGGUGGGGCUACAACAGCUGUGGACAAGCAGCAACUGGCAGAGAGUCCUAUGCAUGGCUGCCCAUGCACGUGGACUGGUGUGUGGGUAAGGUACAGGCAUUGGCGGCAGGGGGAGGCCAUUCCGCUGUGCUCACUGUCGCAGACUCGCUGAAGCUUCUUACUGAGUUCCGAUUGGCCCAUUCCCUCGACUUCUCUCUUCGCCGCCCGGGGGGAUUUUCGGAGUGUGCGAAAAAAUUUUACGGGCUGCCCGGGGAGGAAGGCAGUGGAGAGGAGGAGGAUGGGGAAGUGAUGCUGCGUCGCCAGCUGGCGUUGGCGGAACGAAUUGUGGAGGAGUCGCAUAGGCUCGGGGCUGACUCACUCGUGCGCUACAGCCUGCAGUUCUGGCUUAGAGUCACAAGUGACGUCGACCCAGAUAUGGAUGAAAAGGAGCAGCCUGCAGCAAGGGGACGUCAUGAGGAGAGGGAGGGAAGGACGGCUCGCAGAAGCAAGAGUAGGAGUCGCAGCCGAAGCAGGGACCGAGACCGAGGUAGGGACGGUGACAAGGUGAAGGAAAAAGAUCGAGGUCGGGAUAAAAAGCGCGACCGCGACAGGGAUAAGGCGAGCGACAAGGAUAAGGCGAGCGACAAGGAUAAGGCGAGCGAUAAGGAUAAGAAAGGGAAUGCAGCAGCGGAGGAGGGAAAGGUGGCUGGACAAGUUAACGGGGCGAAAGAAAGCGAGAAACAGAACGGCGAUUCUGCUGCUGGUGGUGCUUCUGCUCCAAAGAAGCAGGAGCCCUUGUCGUUGGAGGAGCUGCUGAAGAAACGGAAAGAGGACGCCUUGCAACAGGCCAAGGUAUUUCUAUG